AAUCUUUCUGUUUUGAUUCUCUUUCCUCCGACAUGACAUGGAAUGCAUCAUUUGUGCUGUCGUCACUUCCUAGAAUACGAUUUCCUCCUAAAGAUGGCGGCGACCUUGUGUGUAAAAUUAUUACCGAAACAGGGAUGGCUUCCCCUGACACAGAGCGUUCGGCACGGCUCCAAGGCCGUGACUCGCCACAGGAGACCGAUGCACAUCCUCAAACAGAAGCUCAUGGCUGUCACAAAGUACAUUCCUCCCACACGGGUCAUUCCUCCAGGAGCCUAUCCAUCCCAAACCAAACACGUCCAGGAGGACAACCCUCUUAUGUUAGUCAUGAAGAGGAAUUUAAAUAACGUGUUCCAGGACUCUAAGAUGAUCGCUGUGGUCCAGAACAGUGCCAGUAACGCUGAAGACAUGAUGAUUCUCAAGCACAGACUCAACAAACAUGGCAUCACUGUCAAGUUCUUCCCCAACCAGGUGGUGCGGUCGUUCCUGAAAGACAGCAUUUACUCCAACAUGGCUCCUCUGUUCAUCGGUCCUACAGUUAUGUUUGUUAGUAAAGAGCCCAAAGCGAAGGAGAUGCUGUCGACUCUGAGGGCCAGCCCACAGAUGACGCUCCUGGGAGCCUGUAUAGACAACACGUUGCUGACUGCCCAGGGGGUGGUGAGCUACUCCAAACUGCCGUCAGUGGCUGUUGUCCAGGGCGAACUAGUCAGCGGGCUGACGAUGCUGACCUCCCACACAGCCUCCAUGCUGCAGCGCCACCCGGCCCACCUGUCCGCCCUCCUCCAGCAGUACGUCAAACAGCAGAGCUCGGAGGACAGCACACAGGGCGGUCCUAAAGCAGCGGAGGCCACGUAAAGCUUCAGAAAUUACUCGGACUGUUGCCGUGCAGAUUUCCAGCUGCAUGGAAGGACGAGGGACUGUUGGGUCGGAUGCAUACUUUAAGAUGUAUUAUGAUUUAGCACCAAAGUUCCAGGCAAACCUUUAAGAUUAGUCUGCAAAAGAAGAAGUUGGUGGUUUACUCAAUCUUAAUAACUUGACUGGAGCACUUGAAUUGGCUUUCAAAUUCGACUAAAUCAUACAAUGUGCGUCCACCUAUAGGAGCACUGUGGCUGCUGUGAAUGAAGAAGACUGCAGACGAGUGUUUGUGCACUUCAACUUCUCAAUGGAAGUUUUGCAUGGUGUUGCCCAAGCAAUUCCUUUAUUUAAUUAUAUUGUCACAUUUAAAUAAACUAUUUCAACACA